AUGACAGAAGUGCAGAACUCAAACCCCACAAUUCUCGAUGCCGCAGAUCUCCCCACACGUCUGCGGCCAUCCACCCAAAAGUCAGCGGACCAGGGCCUCUUCACCUCCGCCUUGCCCCUCCCUGCAGACUUUGAUAGUGCGUCAUCUGACUCCGACGAUGACAACCUACUCGAGGAGCCAAUCGACGAACAGGAAAUCUAUGAUCUGAUUUCCACCAUCUCCGACCCGGAACACCCCAUCUCCCUGGGUGAACUAGCCGUGGUAUCCCUGCCAGACAUUGAAAUCAAGCCAACUCUACCCAAUGUGCCAGACUCCCCGCUGCAAACGGUCACCGUCCUCAUCACUCCGACUAUCACCCACUGUAGUCUGGCUACGGUGAUCGGAUUAGGUGUGCGCGUGCGUCUUGAACAGUCUCUGCCGGCACGAUUUCGCAUGGAUGUGCGCAUCAAGGAAGGGACUCACAGUACGGGGGAUGAAGUGAACAAGCAGUUGGCCGACAAGGAGCGAGUCGCCGCCGCCUUGGAGAACGGCGCGCUGAUGGGUGUCAUUGCCAAAAUGAUGGAAACCUGCCAAUGA